AUGCAGCUGCCAUGGGCGAACAACGAGAAGACAUGGCCAGCACAACGGCAUGCAGGAUGCCCUCAACACGACGACGACGACGACGACCUGGAAGUGCCAUGUCCGCCGCAUACGACGGAGCGCAAACUGGUGACGCGCAUCGACUUCCACGUCGUCCCGUUUCUGUGCAUCCUGUACUUGCUCGCCUUCCUGGACCGAGUCAACAUCGCCAACGCCAACGUCUUCGGCCUGAGCAAGGAGCUUGGCCUGCAGGGCGAUGAGUACAACACCGCGCUCGUCAUCUUCUUCGUGCCCUACGUGCUGUUCGAAAUCCCAUCCAAUAUCCUGCUCAAGAAGUUCAAGCCGCAUGUGUGGUUGAGUCUGAACAUGUUCUUGUUCGGCUUCGUGACAAUCAUGCAGGGCAUUGUCACCAGCUACUCCGCCCUGCUCACCACCAGAUUCUUUCUCGGUGUCUUCGAGACUGGCAUGUUCCCGGGAUGCUUCUACCUCAUCGGAAUGUGGUAUCGGCGGUCUGAGGCCCAGAAACGAUACAGCUUCUUCUUUUCCAGCACCACGCUAGCAGGCGCCUUUGGUGGUUUGCUCGCUGCUGCAAUCGGCAAGAUGGACGGCGUUUCAGGCUACGCAGGAUGGAGAUGGAUCUUCAUCCUCGAAGGAGCACUCACCGUCGCCGUGUCCUUCAUUUUCUUCUUCCUUCUCCCAAGCUUUCCAGAGCAGGCCAAGUGGCUGGGCGACGACGAGAAGGCUUAUGUUGCAGCCAGGCUGCGCAAGGAUCAAGGCCAAUCUGCCCUCGAGCGAUCCAUCACCGCCAAAGAUGUCGCGAACGUCUUCAAAGAUUACAAAGUCAUCGUUGCUGGCUUCAUGUACUUCGGCUUGAUCGUUCCGGCCUAUGGCUAUGCCUACUUCGCACCCGGCAUCAUCCAAAGCUACGGAUACACUCCCAUUCAGACACAGCUGCACUCCGUGCCUCCUUGGGCAGCAGCCUUUGGCUUCGCAAUGCUCAUGGCCACUAUCUCCGAUGCAGCCAAACAUCGCUUCGGCUUCGCUGUCUUCAGCAUAUGUAUUUCCAUCGCUGGUUUCGCGACUCUCAUCACAGUACAUGACAACCGCCAUGUGCAAUACGGAGCACUAUUCCUGGUGACCAUGGGUACAUAUACCGCCAUGCCUAUCAUUGUAUGUUGGUUCAACAUGAACCUCGGAGGCCACCAUCGUCGUUCUGUGGGCUCUGCAUGGCAAGUCGGAUUCGGAAACAUCGGAGGUAUCAUUGCAGUGUUCGCAUUUUUGAAGAAGGACGCACCCAAGUACACCCCGGGAUACUCGAUCUGCAUUGCAUUCACCAUCUUGAGCAUUUUAGCGUGCAUUAUUUACGGAGCAGGAUGCUACCUGGCCAACAAGAAGCGAGACAAACAAGCGAUCGAUCUCAGCCUGACGGAGCACGAGAAGACGGAGCUUGGCGACAUGAAUCCCACGUAUAGGUAUCUGCUGUAG